GCCUGGCGCACCGGCGGGAGCUGAGCCCCAGCGCGCUCGCCCUGCCGAGCCAGCGGCCCGGGGCGCCGAGGGGGUCAGCGCCGCACGGGGCGCCGCCGCCUUGGUCGCCAUGUGCUCCCAGCUGUGGUUCCUGACGGACCGACGCAUCCGCGAGGACUACCCGCAGGUGCAGAUCAUGCGCGCCCUCCGGCAGCGCUGCUCCGAGCAGGACGUGCGCUUUCGGGCGGUGCUCAUGGACCAGAUCGCCGUCACGGUCGUCGGCGGCCACCUCGGACUCCAGCUGAACCAGAAGGCUCUCACCACCUUCCCAGAUGUGGUGCUCGUGCGCGUGCCCACCCCCUCGGUACAGUCAGACAGUGACAUCACUGUGCUGCGGCACCUGGAGAAGCUUGGCUGCCGCUUGGUCAACCGUCCGCAGAGCAUCUUAAACUGCAUCAACAAAUUCUGGACCUUCCAAGAGUUGGCUGGACAUGGGGUCCCCAUGCCAGAUACUUUCUCCUACGGUGGGCAUGAAGACUUUUCAAAAAUGAUUGAUGAAGCCGAACCCCUGGGCUACCCGGUUGUGGUGAAGAGCACGCGAGGCCACCGGGGAAAAGCUGUUUUUCUGGCAAGAGAUAAACAUCACCUCUCGGAUAUCUGCCACUUGGUCCGCCACGACGUUCCCUACCUGUUCCAGAAAUAUGUGAAGGAGUCCCAUGGCAAAGACAUCCGCGUGGUCGUGGUCGGGGGCCAGGUGAUAGGCUCCAUGCUUCGCUGCUCCACCGAUGGGCGAAUGCAGAGCAACUGCUCCCUGGGUGGUGUGGGUGUCAUGUGCCCACUGACAGAGCAAGGCAAGCAGCUGGCCAUUCAGGUGUCCAACAUCCUGGGCAUGGACUUCUGUGGCAUUGAUCUCCUCAUCAUGGAUGAUGGCUCCUUCGUGGUGUGUGAAGCCAACGCCAACGUUGGCUUCCUGGCCUUCGACCAGGCGUGCAACUUGGAUGUGGGUGGGAUCAUUGCAGAUUAUACCAUGUCCCUUCUGCCAAAUCGGCAGACAGGGAAGAUGGCUGUCCUCCCAGGGCUCUCCAGUCCCAGGGAGAAGAAGGAGUCAGAUGGUUGUGCAUCAGCUCAGGGAGUCACAGACAGCGUCUACACCGUCACCAACGGGUCUACCUCCAGCGAGAGUGAGCCUGAACUGGGAGAGAGCCGGGAUUCCUCAGCAAGCACAAUGAGCACCCCAGCUCCCACAUUGCCCGAGCCUGGCUACAACAUUAACAACAGGAUCGCUUCAGAAUUAACACUCAAGUGAGUUCUUGCUUUUUGGCAGCAUUUCAACCAAAAUCCUACUGCUUCCCUCGUAGUUUUGAAUGAAUAAAACCUGGACUAAUGUGAUUUCAUUUGCACAGAAACUAGGCAUCCCACCUGGGCACUCUGCAUUCUUUUCGACGAUGACCUAAGAGUAUGGCCUAGCUUGUGAUUUUUCUGAAGACUUACAGAAAAAACAUGCCUGAGAGCAACAUCCCCUGCCUGAUCAACUGGAGAGCCAGGUCCGCUGCCAGCACUUGGACACAGCGGCUGACUCGAAGGCACUGGCCUUGUGCUGCUGUUUUGGCUGUUCACAUCGAAGCGUAUCAACUUGAAGUACUAGAAAUACUGAAACUCCAAGCAGCCAUGAGCUGGAGUCUCAUACAAAGGAGGUGGAGUGGGAUUACAGGAAUGUGUCCUUCACCGACCGUAGAGGUGAUGCUUGGAGAAUCCCCAGUUCCAACACUGCUGGCAUCUGCUUCCCAUUAGUCACCACCUUGACUGUAUUUCUUCUUCACUCAGAAUAGGGUGGUUUAGGGACCUCUUUCUCCUUAGCAUCUUCACUGAAGCACUUUGUAGAAAGAGAGAUUGAAGGUUCUUUGACUUUACUGAUUGGAAAAUAGCCUGCCUUGUGACUGGGGCUUUCUACAAAUUGCUUUGCCACUCUGAACUGAUAGGUCCCUGCUUCAGUUCAUGCCAGCUCCAGCAGCUUCUUGCACCUUUGCUGCCUUUGGUCAAGCCGGAAACGCGCUGCACUGAGCCAGUGGCUGCACACGCACUUAGUCGUACACUAGAACCUAAGACCGUGGACUGCCCUUUCAAGGGACUUUUUUCAGUUGUCAUCCAGAAGCUAGUGGGGUUUUGCCACAGAAGCUACUGGAAGAUAACCUGCUCCUCUACCGCAGCUUUGUCCUGCUUAGCUGUAGAAGGUUGACUUGUGUGAGUUUGUGGUGUGGGUCUAUUCCAUAGAGUGAGCCAUUAGAAAAAUACUCCAAUGCCCUUGACAUUCCACCCUUAUCCAGGCUCCAGAGAUCUGUCCUGACACACUUUCCCAAACUGGGGAGACUCAGGUA